AAAACUUUAGGUUAGCGCCAUCUGUGUAAUUGUGUUGAUAUUUUAUAAUUGUGUUAUCAGUGUCUAUCUGUUAUAUGUAGUUCUUUUUAGUGUGUUUCCCUUAAUAAUAUAAAUGUGUGGUAAACGUCGUGUAAUUAAUUAUUCUUUUUUAGAUUAAUAAAAUCGGUUAAAACCACAUUACAAAUUAAUUACAUUUCUGAAGGUACCAUAUUAAAAGAAGAUGAGUAUAAAGAAGGAAGAGAGAAAAUUAUUUAUACAUAUUAUCAGAAGAGGGGAAGACGUUUUUGAGGUAGCUGGUUUGUCAGAAAAUAAGAUUUUGUGGUGUAUUUUGCCAAGUGAGUAUCAAAAUAUUAAAUGUCACAAAAUUUUACUGUCAAAAUCUACGAUAAGAAGUGCUAUUAAUGCAAUUAAACCGAUUAAUGGUUUUCGCAAAGUUGGCUUAAAAAUAGAUGAAGAUCUAAAGAAAGAAUAUUUUGAUGAAGAAGAUAAUUUAUGCUUUAAAAAUCUACCGUUAGAAGAAAUAAACUCUAUGUCUGAUAUCACUAUUCAGUCAAACAGUUUUGAAGAAGGAAUGAUUUUAAUGGAAAGAAUUAAAGAAUUGGAAAACAAACUUAGUUUAAGUGAGGAAGCUUCUUUACAUUUAGUUGAAAAAAAAUUUUUAUUAGAAAAGUUUGAAAAAAAACAAAAUGCUGCAGAAUGGAUAGAACAGUUUGAAAAUGAAUGCAAGCGACACAAAAUAAAUAAUAACAAAAAGAUUGAGGCACUUAGAUUUUUUUUAGAUGGGUCAUCUAAAGAUUGGUAUGAGUCAAAUUUGAAAAAGAUUGGUCCAGUAAAUUGGGAUGAAUGGAAAAGUUCAUUUCUCAUAAUUUUUGUUGAUAAAGGAUGGAUUAAUGUAAGAAAAGCCUUUAAUUACAAAUACCUGGGUGGUUCUCUAGUAGAUUAUGCUCUGACUAAAGAAAGAUUAUGUUUAGAAGCUGAGAAAAAUGCGACAGUUAUGUCAAGAAUUAACUUGAUUGUAGUUGGGUUGUCUUUAGAGAUUCAAGAUGAACUUGACCGAGAAACAAUAACAACGAUGGAAAAAUUGGUAACUGAACUAGCAAAAUUAGAAGGUUCAGUAAGAACAAAAAAAAAAGAGGUUGCAUCAAGUACAAAUUCAAGUAUAAAAACUGAAAAUUUUAAGGGUAGAACUGAAGAACAAAAGAAGAAGAUAAGUGAAACCUUUAAGAAACCUUGUUAUAUGUGUGAAAGUUUAGGGUGGCGAAACCGUUUCCAUCCUACAACUGAAUGUAGAAAUAAAAAUUUAUACACUACUAAAUUUAAGGUUAAUCUUAAUGAAGCAAUUAAUGAUUCUGAGACUGAUCAAGUAUCAGAAAUGAUUAAUAUUGAAUUAGAUAAUAAAUCUUUAAACUAAAAUGCCCGGAGAAAUUAAAUUCAUUGAUUAAAAUUAAUGUACUUGUUGAUAAUAAAAUGAUUAUAAAAGCAGUAUAUGAUAGUGGUUCCAAUGUCAGCUUAGUAAACCAAAAAGUUGUAGAUAUUUUAAAAUCAAGUUUAAAGAAAAACAAAUCUGCUUUUAAGACAAUCAAUGGAUUCAAUUUCUGUACAGCACGGGCAAACCUUAUUUUAAAAAUUGGAAAAUUUACAAAUUAUUUAAAUACAUAUGUUGUUAAAAAUAAUAAAUUUUCUUAUGACCUUUUAUUAGGUUUGGAUGCUAUUAAAACAUUCAAAUUAAUUCAAGAUCAUAAUCUAAAUAUUUUACAAAAGAUUAAU